AUGAGUUUCUCUGAGGAAGACCUUAAACAUUUCUGCGACCAUGAAAAGGAAUUGGUUGGUAAACUUCAUGCUCACUAAGAAUAGCACAAAGCACUUCUUGCUGAGCUGAAUGAACAAAUCUCUGCUGGAGAUGCUGAUGCCUAAGCAAGAGUCACUGAAAGCCAAAAAGCAAUCGAUGGCUUAGCAUGUGAGAUUCAAUGUAUCAUUGACUCACACAAGAAAGACAAUUGCACUGAGGAGCACAAGGAUGAAACUGACCACAGUCAUCAUCACCAUCACCAUGAUCACGAGCAUGCCCAUGAUCAUCAAGAUCAUGAUCACCCCCAUGACCACGAUCACCAUCAUGAUCAUGAACAUCAUCACCACGAACACGAGCACCAUGAUCACGAGCACCAUGACCAUGAACAUCAUGAUCACGAGCACCAUGAACAUCAUGAUCAUGAACACCAUGAUCACGCUCAUGAACAUAGUGAAAACUGCGAACACAAGCAAGAAUGA